AACACGCACAUCGGAUAUGGCAGCCAUGUCACGGGGUCCAGUCACAAAGCCCAGCUCCAAGCAGCGCGCCCCGAAGAGAGUCAAGGGCGGCACAGCGUCGAGCCGCAACCACACAUGGAAGGGCUUCUCGCAGCGCGUCGCCCAGAUCAAGAUCGAGCCCAUCCGCCGUGGGCGCAGCACCAUCCUCGACGACGCCGAGCUCGAAACCACCUUUUCCUACUUCCGCGACGCCUUUGUCGAAUGGCGCGAACUCAACAUGGCCGAGGCCUUUACCGCCUUCGCCCGCAAGGUUGCGCCGCUCUGCGAAAGCCUCCCGCAAGUCCUCCACCACAGCGACCGCAUCCUCGACCUGCUCGUCGAGCACAUCGCCAAGGGCGACAAGUUCGGGGCCGAGCCGCUGCUCAGUCUCAUGGCCCACCUGGCGCACGACCUGGGCGAGAAGUUUGAAAAGUACUUUGAAAAGGCAGUUACGACCGUGUCGCAGCUGGCAGCCACGCACCCGGCCGUCGAGGUCAUCGAGUGGAGCUUCUCGUGCCUUGCCUGGCUGUUCAAGUACCUCUCCAGACUGCUCGUGCCGGAUCUGAGGCCCGUCUUCGAUCUCAUGUCGCCUCUGCUAGGGAAACGACAGCAAAAAGCCUUUGUCUCACGCUUUGCUGCCGAAUCUCUUAGCUUCCUUAUCCGCAAGGCGGGCGCUAGCUACCACAGAGACAGGACGCCGUUGAAGUUGAUCAUUAGGCACAUCUCGGCGCAAGUGGAGGAGCUACAAGACUCCGCAAAAGAUCAUGCGUUCCAGCAGGGCGUCAAGUUCCUCCUGGCUGAUUCUCUAAAAGGCGUUCAACGAGGCUUCCACUCAAGUGCCACAGCAAUAGUGCAGGAAUUGCUGACCGAGACGUUCAACGACGAGCAUGUCGCCCUCCGUGCCCCACCGCUCGAGCCAGUAUUGGUGGGCGUUGUCACUGCGAGCAUCCACCAUACAGACGCAGAGAACUUCAAGCCACUCUUGGACGUCAUCCUCGCGCACAUUGAUUCCACCUCAUCCGAUAGUCGUCAUGUCGGAUUAUCGUCUCGCCUGUUGUUGGUAGCUUGUGGCGUACGAAGAGGCGAUCGCGUAGGAGACUGGAAACCCGUAUUGGACUCACUUGGCCGUUUGCUCGACUCUGUGAAAGAAUCUGCAAACAUCGACACAUCCGAUGCGUGGGAUAUCCUAACAGCCGUGUCCGUUGUAUUCCAGUCUUGCGCAUUGGACGCUGCAAUACCCCACGAAAAGCUGCUCGAGGGGCUUGCUCGAGGCCAGUGGGAGAAGUAUUUCUUACCAUUUUGCAACCUUUUCGCCGACCUUGGUGCAGAGAGAUUCAGGUCAUUGUUAUUGCCAUAUUUCAAAAGGUUCGUCGCUCAGAAAGCCCACGAUCAUGGGUCUGAACUCUGCGCCAUUCUACCCCAACUCUACCAGAACGGUACGCUAUCGGCUGGUGUUUUACAGCCGUCGGAGCGUUGGCAGACCCUCAUGGAUCAGCCUUUUCUGGAACUGGCCCGGUCACACAAGGGAGACGAGGAGCUGCGCCAGAUCACCUACCAUUGUAACGCUCUCUUAGAUGUCAUAGCCAUUCUCGGUGUUUCCGAUGAGCGAUCACAGUCUGUGUGGGAUGGCCUUGGAGAAGCAUUUAAACGCUCUGUCCGAAUCGAAGUACCUCGACCGCUACGGACAGUAGACAUUUUUGCCACUGGUAACGGGUUCUUAUCGCUCGUUGAGAGGACGGCGGAUCGUAGCUUCGCAACGGAUCUGUGGACUUCUGUGUGUCAAGCGUCAGCUGUCUAUGGGCAUUCCUUGUCAUUCUGGCGUGCACUACUUGUUCUAGUCGAACGAGAGAAGGCGAACUUACUCAUGCAAGGCCCACACAUGGAACCUCUCAAGCAAGCGCUCAUGCUCUGCUUAAGAUCGCCUUCGCACGACAUGAGACUUAUCGCCAUUUACAUUCUCGAAAUUAUAGCUGGGAAGAACGAAGAGCUACGGAAUUUAAUAUCUGUAGCCAUGAUGGUUGAGCAGACACCUCCAGGCCUUGACAAUCAACGGUCCAUAUCAAUGCGCAUAGGGCAGCUCGCGAACCUCUAUCCAGCACUGUGUUCCGAUGAUUGGAUUGGGGAAGCGAUACCCACCUUCUGUUUUGGUCUUCUACAUGUGAGAUUAUCUUCCGCCUGGGACGACACAUGUCGGGCGUUGAAAGCGAUGUGUAGCACAAAAGAAGGCGAAGGAGUUGUUACGAAGAUUGCAUUGGAAUGGUUGAGCGAGCCUUCUAGCCAGGACGAUGCUGCACAUAGUGCGGCAGCCGCCACACCAAAUCCUGCACCAAAACAAUAUGCCACCGAAUUCGAAUGUACCAAUGUUAUGGAACUUCAAGAGCUCGUAGUCAGUAUGCAGGCCUCGUGGAGCGAUGUCGAGGGAAGACUUGCGACGAUAUUUGAAGAUAAGCACACCAGUAUACCCUUCAGCAAUUCGAUGAACAGAACACAAGCGCUUAGGUUGUUCGAUUCGUUGCCACACCUCGCAGAGAAGCGCUCGCGACUUCUGGUUCCUGUUCUUCUUGACUGGGCUUUAGACCAACGAACGCCAGAACCCUGGGACGAUGUUGUGAACGGGGAAUCCCAAGAUCUCUUGCCGCACCGUUGGAACAGGAAGGACCAGAAAGCUAUGCUCUCUGUCUUCUCGAAAUUCACCAACCCCAAAGUUCUGUACCGAGCAAACGAAGUUCACGAGGCUUUUCUUGCAUUGUUGAGCAACGGUGAUCUUGAGAUACAAAAAGCAGCGUUGAGAGCGCUCCUGACCUGGAAGGACCCCGCCAUCUCUCCAUAUCAAGAGGACCUACUCAAUCUCCUUGACGAUGCUCGUUUCCGAGAUGAACUCCCAGUUUUCCUCAGUGAGGGCAAACUCCAAGACGAAGACCUGGAGCAUGUUCUUCCGAUCGUUCUCCGCCUACUAUAUGGCAAGGUCAUAGCCGGCAAGAAAGGUCUUGAGUCUAAGCGGAAGUCCGUCUUCGUUGGGUUGAAGAACAGGUUUGGCGACGAGGCUGUACGCCAAUUUCUGGAGAUAGCGCUCGGUCCUCUGAGCGACGUCUCAAUCCUCCAGGAUGGCAUACUGGACGAAGCCCUCUUCCAGCGAGAUCUAAUGGAUGCGCGCAAGCAAGUUGGUUUUUUGAACAUGUUGGAGGACCUGCUCAGCACGUUCAAGACCACAUUUACGCCAUACACCGUCACAAUCGUAGAUCCUGUCUUGUACUGCCUCGUCAAAGCUUCCCGGGAUCUAUCAACGGUCCCUCCUACAGGCGAGGACGAACCUGAAGAAGGUCGAAAAUUGCAAGUUUCUUUACUGAAGACCAUCCGCCAGCGUGCUCUGCAAUCAUUGGGCAGGCUGUUCGAAACAUGUCCUGACUUCGCCUGGCAACCGUACACCGCUUCUAUAGUAAAAGAACUCGUUGAACCACGACUUGACCAAUUCCCGAUUGAAACCGCUCAGUCAGUGUCUGGGCUCCUUCGACUCUUUGCGGCCUGGGCGAAAUCUCUGUCGACAGCUCCAUUCCUAGUAGAACACAAUUCGGACAUUCUGAUCAAGAUCGUUGAUUGCUUGGAAAUCCCCUCGGCGAAGGACGAGGUUCUGCGAUUUGUUCUUGAUGAUAUUCUUCGGAACAUCAUUUCUCUUGUGGCCAAGGAACCACCGUCCGUGGAAGCUAAAAUCCUGAGGAACCGCAUACAAACAGACAUAGUCCAGCCGUUUUCCACUGCCAUUCUGAAUCGUGUAGGUAAUCUUCUUCGCAAAAGCCCUAGCAAGGAGGUGCUCGAGUCCGGCGUACAGACUAUCGCAGAGUUGGCUCCGCAUGUUGUAGGAUCUGCUGAAUCUCGCAGCAUGAUUGAGAUCGCGACUUUCCUCCUCCGUCAGCCAUCAAAGCGGGUUAAUCCCCGUACAAAGCUGGGAUUGCUCAGGAUCCUUCACGAAUUUAUCCAACGCUGCGAGAGUGAGGGUUUGAACGAGCUUUUCGACAGCAUCUACGAUGCCAUCUGCCCUAUGUUUGCCUUCUUUAAUGACCGGACGUCAAGAACAGUGUUGUGUGAUAUCAUUCAGGACCUUUCCGAUAUCAGAGAGGAGUUGGUACCAGUUGCAAAACUGUGCCACAAUGCCAACGCCAACGCAAAAUCGCGACUUGAUGAACCUGACUUCGACCGCCGUUCGCAGGCAUUCAACGAGAUCAACGAGGGUGGGUUUCGCUCGUACUCUCUCAUGCAGUGGAAGCCGUUGGUGUACAACAUGCUCUACUUUAUCAGAGACAAUGAGGAACUGAGCAUUCGCGUUAAUGCAUCUCUAACCCUCCGCCGGUUCAUUGAAAUCUCAGAGAGCGAAGAGUUCAAGGAAUUCAUUUCUACGGCAAUCCUUCCUGGUCUACAAAAUGGAAUGCGCGAAGCAUCAGAGCUCGUCCGAGUAGAGUACCUGGCUGUUCUCGAGCAGCUAGUGAAGGUGCAUCGCGAAUGGGCCCCUGUGUCUGAUCUGUAUGUCCUCAUAUCAGAUGAUGAUGAGGCCUCGUUCUUCAGCAACGUCCUUCACAUUCAGGGCCAUCGUCGACUGAGAGCCCUCCGCCGGCUGGCCGCAAACGCGUCUCACCUUCGGGGUGGCAAUGUUUAUCACAUUUUGAUGCCACUUUUGGAACACUUCGUGUUCAAUAAGGCCGAUGACGAAGGCGCUGACAAUCUUGCAGGAGAGACGGUCAAGACGCUCUCUGCUUUGACCGAGUCAUUGGAGUGGCCACAGUUCCGUUCCCUUCUGAGAAGAUACAUUGGUUACCUGACAAGCAAAGAGGACAUGCAGAAGGCCAUUAUCAGACUCAUCGGAGGAUUGAUGGAUGGUUUAAGUCGAGCGGGACGCGCCAAGGGAUAUAUCACUACGACACAAGUACCCCCAACAGACGAUGACGCAACCGAAGCAGAGGUUGAUGCGGACGCUAUGCAAAUUGACUCGCCAGUAUCCACCCUUUCGAAGACUCUACCACAGCAAGAGAAGCUUACUAGCGAUCUAAUCAAUAACUUUCUACCUGGAUUGACCGAAUUCCUACACAAGAAAGACGAAUCAACUGUCAGUCUACGAGUCCCGGUUGCGAUCGCAGUGACAAAGGUUCUUCUUGUUCUACCCGUACACGAAACCGAAGCACGUCUCCCUGCAGUCCUGCUGGAUAUUUGCUACAUCCUCAAGAGCCGUGCUCAGGAAAGUCGGGACAUGGCCAGGAAUACACUUAGCGAUAUUGCAGUGCUUAUGGGUUCUAGCUAUGUGGGCUUCAUACUGAAAGCCUUGCGGACCGCGCUCCAGCGCGGUUAUCAACUUCACGUGUUCUCGUUCACGUUGCACCACAUCAUGGUAAAGCUUUCGGACCAGCUAAAGCCCGGCGAUCUGGACUACUGCCUUUCGGACAUCGUGGAUGUUGUCAUGGAUGACACUUUUGGUAUCGCUGGACAAGAAAAGGACGCAGAGGAGUACAUCAGCAAGAUGAAAGAGGUCAAGAGCAGCAAAAGCUUUGAUUCCAUGGAUAUUAUCGCCCGUUCGACCACUCCUGCGCAUCUUGUCAAACUUGUCAUUCCCAUCAGGUCGCUUCUGCUCGAGAAGCUGAAUGCGAGAAUGGUGCAGAAAAUUGACGAGUUGCUCCGUCGCAUCGGACUCGGCGUUCUCCAGAAUCCGACGGUCAAUAGCAGGGACAUACUCGUGUUUUGCUACGAGCUGAUUCAAGAGGUUUACAAGGCCAGCGCAAGCAUGGACAAGAAGACAAAGAUAGACCCAAAAACCAAGCGUUUUUUGGUAAACAACAAGGGAGCUGCAAAGUCUGGCGCUCGCCUUUCGACAUCGUCUUACGUCUAUAAGAUUACUCGCUUCAGUCUGGACAUCCUCCGCACAGUAUUACGCAAGCAUGACGAUCUCCAAACUUCGCAGAAUCUGGCUGGCUUCUUGCCGGUGAUUGGAGACGCCAUGGUGCAAGGACAAGAAGAGGUGCAAGUGUCGGCCGUCCGUCUACUUACAACGAUCAUCAAAGUACCGAUGUCGGAGCUCGACACGAAUUGCCCAGUCUAUGUGGACGAGGCGAUGCGUGCUAUCAAGGGUGCGCCUUCAUCCAACACUGAGCUUGCACAGGCUUCUUUGAAGCUAGUGUCAGCUAUGCUUCGUGAGAGGCCGAAUGUACAAGUCAAAGAGCGAGAUAUUGGGCAUCUCCUCAAACGCAUGCAACCUGACCUUGACGAGCCGGAUCGCCAAGGUGUUACUUUCGGUUUUCUCAAGGCCGUCAUGAAUCGCCACUUCGAUGUUCCUGAAAUCUAUGAGUCUAUGGACAAGGUUGCGGAGAUGAUGAUCACGAACCACACAAAAUCCGCAAGGGAUGUCGCGCGAAGCCAUUACUUCCAAUUCCUAACAUCAUACACGCAAAGUGAGAAACGGUUCAAGAAGCAGAUGGAGUUCCUACUCAAGAACUUGCGGUACGAGCAUGUGGAGGGCAGACAGUCUGUCAUGGAAGCCUUGGAUCUUAUCAUCACGAAAGCCCUUCCAAGGUUCCCCGAGAAGGCGCAGUAUGAGUACUACGGUAUGAUGUUCCUCCCAUUGAUUAAUACCCUGGCAAACGACGACUCGAGCAAGUGUAGGGAGUUGGCAAGUCUGCUUAUCAAAAGGCUGUUUCAGCAUGCAAGUGACAAGCGACGACAGAGUUUCGCGACAGAUCUGAAGUCGUGGUUAGAACAGGACGACAACGCAGGGUUGAAGCGACUUGGCAUUCAGUGCUGGGGCUUCUACUUUGAAGCAGUAGAUAUCGAAGACGGUGUACCGAAGGAACUGUCGUACGUUCUUGAUCGCAUUGAUUCGACGAUCGACGCGAGCCUGUCACGACGCGACGAGGACGACUGGGAGUUGCUCUAUUACUCGUUGAUCCUGCUUUCGAAGGCAUGCAAGCUGUAUACGGAGGGCAUGUUCUCCUCGAACAAAGAGAGCUUGUGGACUGCUGUCCAGGCCAGCGUAUCCUACCCUCACGCCUGGGUCAAGCUCAAAUCAGCCGAGCUCAUGGGAACUUACUUUGCCCAUCUUGCCGUCUCGAACAAGGAUACGAGCUUAGACGCACUACCAUUAAAAGGAUCCGGUGGUCUGCAGUUGGCGGAGCAGAACAUGAUUCAUUUGACUAACGCAUUCUUGAAGAAUUUGGUCAAUCCGGAAGUUACCGAACAGCUUUGUACGCAGAGCGUCAAGAACAUUGCUUUCCUGGCACGAUGCUUGGCUGUCAACGGAGCGAAAUGGCAGUGGCAGAAGAGCGAAGAUGACAAUGAAACGGAAGAUGUAGCAACAGAAGGAAAGGAUGUUCUGAACGGCAUUGUGACUUCCGACGAUGAGUUCAGCGGCUUCUCUCCUCCGCCCAAGAUGGCGAAGCCAAAGAGCGAUGAUACCGCUCCACCAGCAGCAAUCCAUCGCCUCGUAGCUCGCCUUUCAGGCCUCAUCCGCCCCGACAAGAUCUCUCUCAAUGCUAAGACGGCGACUCUGAGUCUGCUCGAAACAAUGACGGCCAAAUUCCCGCUCGAACCCCUCGCCACAUCCAUCCCCCACCUCCUAACAACACUAAACACGCUUGUGGACCCCGCGACCACGAUCCCGCGCUCUUUUACGCAAGCCACUACGCUCAAUGAACCUACUGACGUAUACAAGGCCCUCAUCGACAAGGCGCGUGAGGUGAUGAACACGCUGCAAAAGCGUAUGGGCACACCAGAGUAUCUCAAAGUGAUGAGUGAUGUGCAGAAAGCUGUCCGAGAGCGCAGGGAGGAGAGACGCAGAAAAAGGAAGGUAGAGGCAGUUGCAGACCCGGAAAGGUGGGAGAAGGAGAAGAGGAGGAGGCAUGAUGUGAAGCGGGUGAAAAGGAAGGAAAGGGGUGCUGAGCACAUGGGGAAGAGGAGGGGGUGGUGAGAUGUAAUGAUGGUCUCUUUUGGGACGGCGCAUUGAGGAGCGUUAUGGUGGCAAAAAUCAGCAUUUUACCAGGCGUUCAAGUCCAAAUGGGUUGUGAAGUUAUUUGUGUAGAUGUAGAAAGGAAUUAUACGACACUUCUCC